GGGAAGGAGCAGGAUAUCAACAAGAACAUGUGAGCUGUGCCCAGCGUUGGUAUUUACUCUCCUGAUGCCACAGACACAAUGGAUUCCAGCGCUCCUGCUGCAGCCUACAAUUAUAGGAUUAUCCUGUUCUAUCAGUUGACAGUUAUCAUUGGAGGAUCAGCGCUGGCUCUUGACAUGAUGACACCCUGUUCUAGCAUCAAUCGAAUGGCAAAUUUUAAAUUCUGUAACCUGACUCGCAUGCCCCUGGUGAGCAGUGAUACUUUAAAACUGGAUUUAAGCUUUAAUUACGUCUCAGAAAUUAAUAGAACCUUCUUCCCCAAACUCUACCGCUUAGUUGAUUUAAACCUGGGCAGUCAGAAAACCAACAGACUUAUCGUAAAGAAAGACAGUUUUAGGAAUACACCCAACCUUGUCAAGUUAGAUUUAGCAACCAACCAACUACUCAUACUGGAUCCUGAAGGCUUGGCUGGGCUGUCACAACUGAAAAUACUUUUCUUAUACUACAAUAAAUUAAAUGGAUCCAUUUUGGAAAAUGACUAUUUUAAAGACUUGACAUCUUUGGAAUACGUUGACCUUUCGAGCAAUGAAAUCGCAUAUCUCAAACCAAACCCCUUGUUUUACCAUCUCUACAGUUUGAGCAUUCUCAUUCUAAGGUAUAAUCAUAUAUCCAGUAUUUGUGCUGGAGAUCUACACAGCUUCGAGAUGAAAAACUUUACCUUUAUGGACCUCAGCGAUAAUUAUUUCUAUAACUGGGAGACACUGGGUUCAGAUCGUUGUGGAAAUCCUUUUAGAAAUAUUAGGUUUGAUACUCUUCUGCUUUCGGGCAAUAGAUUUGGGGUGAGUCAGAUGCAGAAAUUUUCCAGUGCUUUGAACGGAACUAAAAUUAUACAGCUAAAGCUUUGCCAUCAUAUCAUGGGGCCUGGAUUUGGAUAUAAUAAUUUUAAAGAUCCAGAUAAUAGAACAUUUGUCGGCUUGGUCAACAGUGACUUGGAGAUCCUUGAUUUAUCAAAGGGAAGUAUAUUUUCAAUGCAGCCGUACACCUAUGGAAAUCUUACUAUUCUCAAAGUACUAAAUUUGGCAGAAAAUAAAAUUAACCGGAUAGAGAAAGAUGCUUUCUAUGGACUUAACAGCCUCAUAAAUCUUAAUCUCGCACAUAACUUGCUGGGGGAACUAUAUGACUACUCAUUUAACAGUCUUACAGUCGUCACCGUUAUUGAUCUAGAGCAAAACCACAUUGGAGCAAUACAGAUCAACACCUUUAAAAGUCUCUCUGAACUGAAUACUUUAAAUCUCAGGGGUAACUCCAUGAAAACAAUUACAUUUUUUGAAUCCCCGGUUUCAAUAGGGUACAUUUUUGUUGGAGGAAAUAAACUUAAAAGUAUUGACAGUUCUUUUGUAUAUUCCAAUUUCCUUGACCUCUCCGAGAAUGAUUUAAGGGACCUUGGUGGACUCUACAAGCUUCUCCAGUAUCCACUUCUUCAGUACGUUAUUCUUAAGAGGAACCGUUUGUCUGUUUGUUAUCCUCAUUUCAAUAUUUCCAAAAAUAACUCACUUCUACAUCUGGAUCUUUCUGACAAUAUGAUCUCUUUAAUCUGGGACAAUGGCCAAUGCGGGAACAUAUUUUCAAACCUCUCUCUCCUUGGUGUGUUAAAACUUAAUAACAAUCUCCUUCGUUACCUCCCAAAUGGCAUCUUUAAUGGAUUGGAUUCUUUGCAGACCCUUAAUUUAUCUUCUAAUUUGUUGACAUAUCUCAUACCAGGCAUCUUCCCAACAAAUCUGGACACUGUUGACUUGUCCAAGAACCAGUUGUAUUCGCCCAAUCCCAAGCUGUUCCUUUCAGUGAAGACACUUGACCUAACGGACAAUCAUUAUAUCUGUGACUGCGACCUCGUUUAUUUCUUAAGGUGGUUAAACGAAACCAACGCCACUUUGCUGGGAUCUCCAAAUGACAUAUACUGCAUGUAUCCAACUAACCUUCUCUAUAAGCCUCUUCAUGUUCUCGAGGAGGGGGACUGUGAUGAGAGUGAAGCGCUGACGACCCUCAUGUUCUCUUUAUUUGUCCUGAACGCCACCAUCAUUUUAAUUGGAAUGUCAACUGUGGUCACGUAUACUCAUUACCGAGGAUUCUGCUUUGUUAUGUACAAGAGAAUCAUAAGCUUUAUUAUAGAUACUGAGAAGCAGGAGGAGGCUGCUGACACCUGUAAAUACGAUGCUUAUUUGUGUUAUAGCGGUAAAGAUUUUCAGUGGGUUCAAGAUGCCUUCCUUCAAAAUCUGGACACUCAGUACUCCGACAGGAACCGAUUCCAUUUCUGCUUUGAGGAAAGGGAUUUCGUACCUGGGGAGGAUCACAUUGUCAAUAUAAGGGAUGCUAUUUGGAACAGUAAGAAAACCAUUUGCGUUGUGACAAAGCAAUUUCUGAAGGAUGGGUGGUGUGUAGAAGCCUUGAACUAUGCGCAGAGUAGAUACUUCACCGACCUGAAGGACGUUCUCAUCAUGGUGGUGGUGGGAUCACUCUCCCAGUACCAGCUAAUGAAAUAUCAGCCUAUCCGGGCUUAUGUUAAAAGGUGUCAGUACCUUAAAUGGCCCGAAGACAUUCAGGAUGUUGAAUGGUUUCUCGGCAGACUUUCAUACCAAAUUUUAAAAGAGAACAAAGUGGAGAAAAAACUGAAGAAAUCAUCCAACCACGAACUGCAAACCAUAGAGACUAUUUCAUGAGGUGGUAGAAGGAAGAAUUGUGAGACUGUGUAUUUCACAUACAGGAACAGGCACAGUGAAGAGGCUUUUGUACAUGUAUUUCCAGCAGAUUUAACGCUCAUAACUAUAGGAUCUCUCUAUACUGGCUAUGAGCAAACGUGAGGACUGUUCCUGCUGAAUUGUGCUUAGUACAUUGAAAUACAUAUGCUGGCAUAUGGUAUCUCUAUGUACAAUCUGAGGGCAAACCUAAUUAGCAUUAUAACUGACCCUGUAAUGAACACUGUACUCUGGCCUCCCGCCCUAACACCAAUUGCAUCAUGUAAAGAUGAAGCUGCAGUAACAUGAUAUUUUUACUCCUUUAUAAAUAAGCUAUAAACGUAGGUGUUUCAUUUUCUGAAUACUUUUCUAAAUUCUAAAGCACUGUGAUUUGUUCUGAUUCACCUUAUGUUUGGACCUGUGAACUGUGAAUAUUAGGCACAAUGAUAUAAAUGUUAGCAAUUGUGCAUUGCCGUAAAUGCUGACAAUACAUUUUUAUUGCCAUUUAUUAUUUUUUUUAAUAAACCUGUGCUUUUCUUUAGA